AUGUUCGCUCCUCGUGCCAUCAUAUCACCACUUGCUCGAGCCGCCUUCAGGCCACAGACGAUCCGCGUCGCCGCCAACCCAGCCUACCUCCGCACCCAAGUUGCAUUCAACUCAACAAUCUCAGAAGCCAUUACCAAAGAUCACCGCGAGCUAGAGACCUACUACAAAGAAAUCACCAACAACCCAGACGACAUUGACCAUAUAACACGCUAUGGCAACCAAUUCACAUGGGAGCUAGCUCGCCACUCUGUCGCCGAGGAACUUCUUGUCUACCCAGCCAUGGAGAAAUACAUGGGGGAAAAGGGAAAGCAGCAUGCCGAAUCAGAUCGGAAACAGCAUCACGAGGUGAAAAAUCUACUCAAAGAAUUCCAAAACAUGGAUCCAGCAUCCUCGACCUAUAUCCCCAAGCUCAAAGAACUCUGGUCCGUCCUUGAGCGCCACAUCGCUGAAGAAGAGCGAGACGACCUUCCUGCCCUCGAACGAGCCCUUUCCUCGGAGGAAAACCGCGGAAACUCUGAAUCCUUGGCCAAGAACUUUGGCCGCACAAAGGCUUUUGUGCCAUCAAGGAGUCACCCUAGUGCAGGAGAAAACCCCUACUUCGAGGGACCGAUGGGUAUGCUGGCUGCGCCGAUUGAUCAUAUUGCGGAUAUCUUUCGCAAGUUUCCUGAAGGUACUGUUAGUCCGAACCCGAGUAAGAAGUAA